AUCUAGUUCGCCAAGCAACGCAUGCAAAGGAGCCAUGGCAUCAGGCAAUCAACGAGAAGUUGAAAAUUCUUUGCUUACAUCCUCUUCCUGUUCCUGCCACGGUAUUGUCUUUGACUUUGACUUUGAUAUAUAGCCAUGGAUUUUAUGGGUUGAAAAAGUGAAAUUGUGAAAGCCAAUUUUACUUUUGCGAGAUCUUCUGUCUUCUUUGGAUCUAACCAAGUUAAGAGAGCCGACACUCACAUAGUCCACUGUUGACUCUAAGUCCUUCAAGUGUAAAAGGGCGCAAAAGAAGAAAGAAAACCUUCAUUUUCUCUCUGUUUCUGAAAUUUUUUUGGCCAUCACCGGCACUGCUGAGGCUUCCAAAAUGGGGAAUUGCUGGUGGUGUAGUCCAGCUCCUAAGCCAACCCCAGAUCACCCAACUAACAUCCAUGAUGUCGGUGCAGAUGAAAAUGUCUAUGACAGUAAUGGAUACUCUGCAACAAGCACCAACCUGACAACAUGGGUAUCUCAAUCAAGCAGCAGCUUCACAACCAUUUGGGGCAACAAUGCUACUGAGCAAAUUGAGGCUUUCACAAAUGGACCAAGCAUUGCUUACUCAAACUUGAGAGCUUUUACUUAUGCACAACUGAAGGCUGCAACACAUAAUUUUAGACGUGAUAUGGUGGUGGGAAAAGGAGGUUUUGGCAGUGUUUAUAAGGGUUGGCUUAAGGAAAAGAUGAUGCCAAGGGGAAUAAAGAAGACAGCUAUUGCUAUCAAGAUACUGAGUCCUGCGAGCGCUCAAGGAGCUAAAGAAUGGAAGGCAGAGGUCAGCUUGUUGGGAAGCUUAUCGCACCCGAAUCUCGUAAAACUGUUGGGAUACUGCCAGGAAGAUGGGAACUUUGUCCUUGUCUAUGAGUUCAUGAAAAGGGGAAGCCUAAAUCGCCAUCUAUUUGGAAAGCGCUCAGUUCAGCCACUUCCAUGGAACACGAGGCUGAAGCUUGCCAUAGGAGCAGCUCGGGGGCUCGAUUACUUGCACUCAUUGGAGAAUCCAAUAAUUUACAGAGAUUUCAAGUCUUCCAACAUACUGCUUGAUGAGUUCUAUGAAGCAAAGAUAGCAGACUUUGGAUUAGCAUUUUUUGGUCCUUUAACUGAAAAUUCACAUGUCACUACUCGCAUCAUGGGCACAUUUGGUUAUGCUGAUCCAGAAUACAUUGCAACAGGUAAUUUGUUUGUAAAGAGUGAUGUAUACAGUUUUGGCGUCGUUUUGGUUGAGAUGCUGACAGGCUUACGGGCAUUUGAUAGAAAGCGUCUGCCUGGGCAACAGGAACUAGUUACUUGGGUUAAACCACAGCUGACAAGCAAAAAAGCCUUGAAAAGAAUAAUGGACUCUCGGUUGGAAGGAAAAUAUCCUACCAAAGAGGCCUUACAAAUAGCUCAUCUUGCUGUUAAAUGUCUAAGACGCGAACCCCAUCUUCGACCAUCAAUGAAAGAAGUUGCAGAGACUCUUGAACAGAUUGAAGCUGUCAGUCUUAGAACAGGAUCCCAUAAUACGCAUUCAACUGAGCAACAUGACUAGUAAAGUUAUAGUACUUUUUGCAGAAUUAAGAGCUUAUACAAUCCUAUGGUUUCACAAUGCUGUGGUGUAAAAUCAGCUUCUGAAUUGGUGUUUUCUUCUAUCUCUUGCCUCGGUUUCUAAUUUGAAGAUCCUUUGUAAAUUUUCAUCUGCAAUAGAAAUGAUCAUCUUUCGUACUGUAAUGCAGCCAUGCUUUUGGCAGACACCAUAGUUGAAAGAUGAAAGCAUUAGCUUUUAGCUGUCACAUUUUCCUUUA